AUGAUGUCCCCAGGGCACAGCAACGAGACUCAUAAGCGUAAGCGAACCUCUUUAGCGUGUGACCCUUGUCGCAAUCGAAAAGUCAGAUGUGACGGUCGCCGACCAUGCACAACAUGUGCUCAAAUAGGGACGGAUUGCGUUUAUGGGUCUGAGGCCAUCAAUAAGAGCAAGAGCGACUUAAUUCUAGAUGUCGCCAUUCGGUCUGAAAAUCUAUUACAGGAAUUAUUCGCACAGCUGGCUGCCCGCCGCAGUCCAAGUCAAAACCCCUCUGCGAUAUCGCCUCAUGCAGUCAUUUCGCCGGGCACAGUGAGCAAUGCCUACCGUGGAGAAGGUCGCCCUGACCAUAUCUCCAAUGCCACACUAUCUCCUUUCCAUGCUUCCACCACCGAGUCAAUCCUCUCAUGGCCGCAAUUCGCCGAAUUUGGAAACUUGAUCAAGGAGCGGGGAUUUUCAGUUUUUCGCCUUGAGAGUACGCGUGUGCCUCUCGCUCACCGACCUUGUAUGGUGCAACCAUAUAUGCCCAAGCAGGAUGUGGAGCGCACAGUGAGAAGCUUUGAACGUGGUAUCAACUUCUGGUACCCGACUAUGCCUCGAACCAUGACACAGGAGUUGCAAACACUCAUAAUAUCGGGCACAUUCGAUGACAGUCUACCUUCAUGCCUUGCUCUAUUGAUAAUGGCUUUGGGCUGCGCCUGCGAGCUGGUCGGGUUCUUUGCGCGUCGGGAAACACCAAACGCAAGCGAGGCGGAUAGUCAGAGACAAAAGCGGCUGAUGGGGGAGUUAUAUUUUGAUAGUGCCUUCAAGAAGAUUUACUUGGCCCAGGCUGGGUUCACAGCCGAGGCAGUCCAGUGCUUGUUUUUUACCGGGUUGUAUUUUUCUUUUCUGCAAAGGCCACUUCAAGCCUGGUCGUUCAUAAGUGCAGCUGCAACCAAAUGUCGACUUCUUUUGUCUUAUGACGUACCAGAGCAGACGCCUGAACAAUUGGAAUGCCUUCGUCGAAUCUUUUGGUCCUGUUAUAUUCUCGAGAGCGAUUUUCUCGCCGAGCUAGCCGGUCUUCCUCAAACAGGCAUUGCAGAAAUAGAAUCAUCCAUCCCAUUACCACGUGACUUCUGCACGCAAGAAUCUGAAAACGACCAAGAGCAAUCGUCACUUUAUUUUCUCGCAUGUAUAUCUAUGCGACGGCUUCUCAACCGUGUUCACGAUCUUCUCUACGCUCGCGAUGCUGGCGUUGGCUUUGACAACCACCAGUUUCCAUCUGUUGUUUCGGAGCUCGCGUACCAGCUAGACGAGUGGAAGGAUCUCUUACCCUUUUCCUUUCAGUUUUCCGUCAAUCUAGAGCCCACACGCACAGAGGAAGGCGCUUUUCUUCGCCAACGAUAUCUAACUUGCAAGAGCGUUAUUUAUCGUCCCUAUCUUACCUGGGCGCUGUCCAACGGUGAUGCUGUGGAAAAAUGUCCUUCGAUCGUCUAUGAGGGAUCCAAGCUGUGCCUUGAGGCGUGCUGGAUGCACGCCCAAAAUCUACGCAAUUUGCCCCACACCAUCAUGGUGGACACAUGGAUUUGCUCCCUCUCCAUGGCAUCGGUGAUACUCAUUACAUUAGCCGCUUCUCGUGUCCGUCCCCUACGGCGACUCAUGUCGUCUAGUGUUUUGGAUAUCGGACCGCAUCUUAAUGAGCUGUUAACUCAAUGGACACAUAUUCCCGGUGGUGGAACCUCGCCUAGUGUCAUAGAAAGCAUCGGUUUGAUCGAGAAUGUGUCGACUUUGUUGAAAAUAACCUGGAAUGAGAAUGGAGUUGGAGAAUAG